AUGUUUGCUGAGGCACAGUUCAGUCAAGAAGCCUAUGCAGAGCAUGUCUUCAUGAACCAGAUGCGCUCAAGAAAACGGCAGCAUGGGGAGGACCCUAGCGAAGAUGCAAAAAGGAUAGAUGACAGAAAUAAGGAGAACUGUUCCCCAGAUAUGGCAAUGGGUGCGCCGAUGUACCACAGCACACCGCUUAUGGCAGGUCAGCGCGAGUUCUUCCACUCAAAUAUGGCAAUGGCUCAAGCGCAGAUGCAAUUUUACCCUGGCUUUUUUCCUCCGCCUUUUCCAUGCCCGGAGCAAAGUUCAAUGUCAUCAGACAGACGAUUCUGGCCUUCAACAGGAAACCUUGUUUGA